AUGAUACAUACGAUUACGACACCAGGCUUUUCCACAUUAUCAGGUACGGGGACGUCUAGUCCAUUGAAAGAUCAGCUGUUACACCCGGUUAUCGAAGAAACUGCGUCGAUCGACUCUGAUGUGGGCACUUUAUCGUCUUCACCGAGUUCACUCAGCAGUAACUUGUCAAUUGUACCGAAAACGAGGUUAGAGAAGGCAGUUCAAGAGUUUACGCAAAAUGUAGACCCUUGCAGCUUAAAAUAUCACUCGGAUUCCUUAUUAGACGACUUUAAUGAAUCGCUUUCGGAAAAUUCGAAAUUGACCAUGUUGCCCAACUAUAAUAUUAGCCCUACGGGAAUGGAAGAAGGAAACUUCUUGAUUAUAGAUGUGGGAGGGUCAACACUUCGUGUUGCAGUCAUAAGAAUUGAUCCUUUUGUUGCUGAAUCAGAGGAUCGCUCUAAACGAGUACAUAUUAUCAUAGAAAAGAAAUGGCAUAUUAAUGACUCCUCGAAGACGAUCGAUUCAGAAUUUUUUAAAUGGCUUAGUUCAAAAGUAUACGAGACAUUACAAGAACAGAAUUUAAUAAAGGUUGACGAUUUGGUGAUCAACACUGGUAUUUCAUGGUCUUUUCCUUUGGAGCAGGUUUCUCACAAUUCGGGGAAAAUUGUGUAUGUUGGAAAGGGCUAUACCAUUGCAUCUGAUAUUUACAAUCAAGAUUUAAAAAGCAUAUUAGAAAAAUCAUUGUCAAACAAUUUCAAUAUUAAUAUUGAUAUCAAAACUAUUAUCAACGACUCUUUGGCGGUAUAUUCUGCUGGCUCAUUCUUGGAUAAACAUAUGAAAUUGGCACUUGUUUUAGGAACAGGGUUUAACAUGUGUUGUUCUUUAAAUACUAGUAAGUUGCACGAAGGGAAGAAAUUACAUCAAGAUGCGAUCCUUCUUAAUACAGAGUUAUCGCUUUUUGGUCACACUUUGAUUUCUGACCUAGCAAGCAAAUAUGAUAGUAAAAUUGAUAAAAGAUUUGAUUUGAAGGAGGCAACCCUUAAUUUUAAACCACAUAUGACGGUAGAUCCAUUGACGAAUGACAUUUUUCAACCUAGCGAAUUAAUGACUAGUGGUAGAUACUUAUGUGAGUUAACGAGAUUGAUUUUGAUUGACUUGAUUGAAGCAAAGGAAAUUUUCACUCAAUUACAUGAUAAGGAGUUAUCUCCAAUUUUCAGAAACUACGAGGGUAUCACAGGUCAAUUAGUGUGUUUUAUAUCAGAAGUUGACGACGAAACAUUAAUUAUUGACAAGUUAUGCGACGAAUUUGGCUGGAACAAAUCUUCGAUUACGCUUUCUGAUAUAAGCAAGUUAAAAAUAAUUGUUAAUAGUGUCAUUCAAAGGGCUGCAUUUAUAGUAGCAAUCGCGAUGGUCAGUUUUAUAAAACUUUUGAACCAUCAUAAUGGGUGCUAUGGACAAGACCUUCUUACCAUAGGAUAUGUUGGAUCUGUAUUACUUCAUUUUAAAAACUAUCGGAAGUUGAUAUUGAAAUAUGUAAAUGACAAUGAGGAUAUCAAAAGGUUGAAUAUUAGAAUAGAUUUUAAAUCAAUCGAUAAUAGUUCGAUUGUUGGUGCUGCAAUCGGGGCAGCUUAUUAUAAGUAA